UUCCAUGUUUUAAAACAAAAACUUCUUUACAUUUUUUCCCAGGGUCUAAUAUUGCAAAGAGGAGCAACCCUAAUUUGCAGUGCUAAACCCCUCUCCGGCGAACACAGAGCCCUCUCAUUGUCAUGCUUCAUCGGAACACCACCACCAACACUCCCUCCUUUGGAUCUCUGCUUGCAUUCAAGCCUCGUCAAGUUCUCCUUGCUCAGCAUAAUAAUCCACCAACACCCACAACUUCGAUGGACCAAACGGAACUGAAAGGCAAUCUUCACGAACUCAUACUUGAUUACCUUCAUCGCAACGGCUUCUCUAAAACCCUUAAACGGUUUCAGUCAGAAGCUCAAAUUCAGACUGAUGCCUGGAAGGCUUCUUCACUUCAUUUGGAGGACAUGUUUUGCAAACAUAAUGCCUGCAAUGCUGACACUAAUAAGAACACUAGCGAGAAACCAGUGUUAGGAAAUGAUGAAGUUACGUCCAAGAAAAAGAAGAAAAAAGCUAUUGUCGAGAAUGACGAUUAUGCUAUUAAAGAUCAAUCAGAAGUCACUGGUAAAAAGAUAAAGGAAUCUAGUAAGAAUGUCGGUCAAAUAUCAAAAGAUAUUACAGUCAACGAACCAGAAACACAACCAAAAAAGAAGAAAACCAAGCAUGAUUUGGUUUCUUCAACCGGCGGAUCGAAAACAGUUGAUUUAACCAAGAAAAAUAAGGACAAGAUGAAAAAGGAUAUUGAAAAAGUUAACUUAGAGCCGUCUACUACUAACGAAGAUGAGUUAGUAACUGCACAAAAAGAGAAAAAGAAAUCAAGCACCGAUGAAAAGGAGAAAAAGAGUUCCAAGAAAAGAAAACGAUCAUCUUCUGAUGAAAACAAAAAUGAAAAUGUAUCUGCUGAGAUAACAAUUAGUGAAGAACUCAAGCGCCAAAAGACUGAAACGUCAAAAGAAAAAAAUAGCCGAAAGGAAGAAAUCAACGCUUUAGAAACAUCUAAUGAACAGUUUGAUGGAGAGACGAAUGGGAAACUCGAAAAAGAUGGAGUAAAAUCCAAGAAAAAACAACGUAAUGUUACAGCAGAGCCAAAGACGGUCAAUGCAUUUCAAAGGGUGAAAAUCGAUGAAGUUGAAUUCGCUCACGAUAAAUUGCAAGAUAAUUCGUAUUGGGCAAAGGGUGGCGCAGAGAUAGGUUACGGUGCUAAAGCACAGGAAGUUCUGGGUCAAGUGCGAGGGAGGGAUUUUCGGCACGAGAAGACAAAGAAGAAGCGGGGAAGCUAUAGGGGAGGGCUAAUCGAUCAACAAUCGCACUCCAUAAAGUUUAAUUAUUCUGAUGAAGAGUGAUUUUUUGCAAGGCAUUUAUUUAAAUUAAAUGCUACAAUUUUUACAUUUGCAAUAUCACAAGAUUUUCAGUUUUAUAAUUUCCUUUGCCUUCAUUUAUGCUCUAGCCUUUCUAGCUUACAAUACGACUAGGAGUGUAAACGAGCCAAGUUGGGCCUGACUUGAGCUUGUUUAAGCUUGCGAUCUCGUGCUCGGCCUGUCUAACAUAUGAGAGUUCGGGGUCGGCUCGUUGCAAGCUCUGAUUCUAAAGCUUGAGAGCCCAGCUUGGGUUUGACUCGUUUAUUAUUUAUAGUUAGUUGUAAGUUGUGAUCUCGUACUCGAUGUGUCUAACAUAUGAUAGUUCGGGAUUGGCUCUUUGCAAGCUCUGAUUCUAAAGCUUGAGCUCAAUUUUGGUUUGACUCGUUUAUUAUUUAUUUAUCAGUUGUAAUUA